CCCUCGGGGCCACUGCUCCCCGCCCCGGGCAGCGCGACCCUCAAUCGCCUUCCGGAGCCGCUGCUGCGGAGGCUCAGCGAGAGCUUGGACCGAGCGCCCGAGGGUCGGGGUUGGAGGAGGCUGGCCGACGUUGCGGGGAGUCGGGGGCGCCUCCGGCUGAGCUGUCUGGACUUGGAGCAGUGUUCUCUUAAGGUCUUGGAGCCUGAAGGAAGCCCAAGCUUAUGUCUGUUAAAGCUAAUGGGUGAAAAAGGUUGCACAGUCAUGGAGUUAAGUGACUUCCUGCUGGCUAUGGAGCACACUGAAGUUCUUCAGCUUCUCAGCCCCCCAGGAAUAAAGAUCACUGUAAACCCAGAAUCAAAGGCCGUCUUAGCUGGACAGUUUGUGAAAUUGUGUUGCCGAGCAACUGGACAUCCUUUUGUACAGUAUCAGUGGUUCAAAAUGAAUAAAGAGAUUCCAAAUGGAAAUGGAUCGGAACUUAUUUUUAACACAGUGCAUGUAAAAGACGCAGGCUUUUAUGUCUGUCGAGUUAAUAAUAAUUUCACCUUUGAAUUCAGCCAGUGGUCACAACUGGAUGUUUGUGAUGUCACAGAAGUAACAGAAAGUUUCCAAGGAAGUUUGGAUGGUGUCUCUGAUUCCAGGUUGCAAAUCUGUGUUGAACCAAGGCCCCAAAAGCUGAUGCCGGGCAGCACGUUGGUCUUGCAGUGUGUGGCCGUCGGAAGCCCUAUUCCUCAUUACCAGUGGUUCAAAAAUGAAUCACCGUUGACACACGAGACAAAAAAGCUAUACAUGGUGCCUUAUGUGGAUCUGGAACAUCAGGGCACCUAUUGGUGUCAUGUAUAUAAUGAUCGAGACAGUCGAGAUAGCAAGAAGGUAGACAUCAUCAUAGGAAGAACACAUGAGGCAGUGGAGUGCACUGAAGAUGAAUUAAAUCAUUUCGGGCAUCCUGAUAAUAAAGAGCAAACAGCUGACCAAGCUUUGGCGAAAGACAAGGUUGCUCUUUUGAUAGGAAAUAUGAAUUACUGGGAGCACCCCAAGCUUAAAGCUCCUUUGGUGGAUGUGUACGAAUUGACCAACUUGUUAAGACAGCUGGAUUUCAAAGUCGUUUCCCUGUUGGAUCUGACUGAGUAUGAGAUGCGUAACGCUGUGGAUGAAUUUUUACUACUUUUAGACAAAGGAGUAUAUGGAUUAUUAUAUUACGCAGGACAUGGUUAUGAAAACUUUGGGAACAGCUUUAUGGUCCCUGUUGAUGCUCCAAAUCCAUAUAGGUCUGAAAAUUGUCUGUGUGUACAAAAUAUACUGAAAUUGAUGCAAGAAAAAGAAACUGGACUCAAUGUGUUCUUGUUGGAUAUGUGUAGGAAAAGAAAUGACUACGAUGACACCAUUCCAAUCUUGGACGCUCUGAAAGUCACCGCCAACAUCGUGUUCGGAUAUGCCACGUGUCAAGGAGCAGAAGCUUUUGAAAUCCAGCAUUCUGGACUGGCAAAUGGAAUCUUCAUGAAAUUUUUAAAAGAUAGAUUAUUAGAAGACAAGAAAAUUACUGUGUUACUGGAUGAAGUUGCAGAAGAUAUGGGCAAAUGUCAUCUUACCAAAGGCAAACAGGCUCUGGAGAUUCGAAGUAGCUUAUCUGAGAAGAGAGCACUUACUGAUCCCAUACAAGGGACGGCGUACUCUGCAGAGUCUCUGGUGCGGAAUCUCCAGUGGGCCAAGGCGCACGAACUUCCAGAAAGUAUGUGUCUUAAAUUUCAAUGUGGUGUCAAGAUUCAAUUAGGAUUUGCAGCUGAGUUUUCCAACGUUAUGAUAAUCUAUACAAGUAUAGUGCACAAACCACCUGAUAUAAUAAUGUGCGAUGCCUAUGUCACUGAUUUUCCUCUUGACCUAGAUAUUGAUCCAAAAGAUGCAAAUAAAGGGACGCCUGAAGAGACCGGCAGCUAUUUAGUAUCAAAGGACCUUCCCAAGCAUUGCCUCUAUACCAGACUCAGUUCGCUGCAAAAAUUAAAGGAACACCUGGUCUUCACGGUGUGUUUGUCGUACCAGUACUCAGGAUUGGAGGAUACCAUAGAGGAGAAGCAGGAAGUGAAUGUCGGGAAACCCCUCAUCGCUAAACUAGACAUUCAUCGAGGUCUGGGAAGGAAGACUUGCUUUCAGACUUGUCUCAUGUGCAACGGCCCUUACCAGAGCUCAGCUUCCACCGCAGCAGGAGCUGGGCAUUAUCAUUCAUCUCAAGACUCAUUCCUGGGCGUUUACCAUUCACAUCUUGGCAGUGCAAGUAACGUUAUGCCACCAGACAGCUGUCGCUGCAGCCGGACUGCGGACGCGCUCCUUUCGAGCCAUCGUGCUCACCACUAUUCGUGUCAGUUUGGUAGAAGUAACGUGCCAGUCGAGACGACUGAGGAACUUCCAUUCAGCUUCUCCGACGGGCUCAGAAUUUCUGAAAAGUGACCUCCUUGUUUUUUGAAAGUUAUCGUAAUGACUAGAUGCCUCAUAAACAACAGUACUUAUGUAAAGUGAGAUAUCAUGAAAGAGGAACUAUGUGUAUUUAGAGAGAGAAAAUUGGUACCAGCUAUUUCGUGGCAAGCUCAGGACUUUGAGAUUUUGGAAUUAUGUUAUUUAACCACAGAAUUCCUCUUCUUUCUCCUUUAAGAUUUUGCGAACUGAUUUGUUCUGUAGAAGUAACACAUGGAUGUGUAUAUGUUUAUUUGUAUAUAACAAAAAAUAUUUUCAUUUUGACCAUUCCGAACUAAGAACAGUGGGAAUGGCAUUAUUGUAGAAUAAGUCAUUGUAAUUUUAGAAUCAGAAAAAGAUCCUUGGCGAUCAUCGGGCCAACGUAAUUGUAUCAGCAGAAGAAACGGAUCGAGGUAUCUUGUUUAAGUUAGACCGGCCCUGAUGCCUUCAGAUUUCCAUUCCAACGUUUACUCCACUACACGCCACAUUCCUGACAGAGUCUGAAACAGGUAGUAUUUUCUUAGACAGAUUUAAAGAUAGAUAUGUAAAUAUGCAUAUCUGUAUAUAAUCUAGAAAUGUACAAACUAGUUUGUAGUUAUAGAACUUUGAUAAAAAUGUCAAUUAAGAAGUGUGUGUAUAAAUCUUAUGUAGAGCAAGCUGAAGUUUCUUUUUCUAAGGUCGUGAAAGCACAUGAGAGGUGACAGUGUCCAUCUGUGUUGAAGCUAGAGAGCAGGAUAAUGUUGCUGCUGGAUCAUCUUGGUAGCUGCCCAUUUGAAUCUUGGAAACAUUGGGCAUGUCUUCCUUGAUAACACAUAUCUUACUGGCUUUAGGAGACAGUCUUAUCAUCUAGGUCCUACCCAAAAGCAAGUUAAAAAGGCAACUGUCAAUAACAAAGAAAAAAAAAAUUGAAUUCAUAGUUCGAAAACAUCCCACACAGAAAACCGCAAGCCCAGACAGCUUCACUGUUAUAUUACACCAAACAUUUAAAGAAUUAACAUCGAUUCUGUACAAACUCUCCCUAAAAAUAGAAGAGGAAAGAACACUUUCCAACUCACCUUGUAAGGCCAAUAUUACCCUGAUACAAAACCAGACAAAGACCACAAGAAAACUACAAACCAAUAUCUAUUAUGAAUAUAGAUAGAAAAAUCAUCAACAGAACACCAGCAAACUGAAUCUAGCAACAUAAAAAAAGAAUUAUACACCAUGACCAAGUGAAUGCAAGGUUGGUUUAACAUCCAAAAAUCAAUGUAAUACACAAAUAUUAUACACAGUUAUUAUCUGUAUAGUCACCAGUAAUACGAAUUGGUGAAUAUAGAGCCAUAACUCCUAGAGGAAGAGUGUGUGUAUGUGUGUGUGUGUGUGUGUGUGUGUGUGUGUGUAUACACAUCAAAUAGAUUAUAAUCUUAAAUCCUAAAAACAAUUUACCUCUGGUAUAUUCUGUUUAUUUUACAAAAGAGAAAAAUAUGGUUCAGAAGUAUUAAGUGACUUGCCUGAGGCCACACCACUAACAGGUGCCAGAGUUGGGAGUCAGACUUGUCCAGCUGGCCCCAAAGCCAGAGCUUCUUGCACUACACUGCCCUGUCCCCUGCCUUCUCCGUCCUCUGGUCAUUUCUGUAGGUGAGUGGAAACAAGAAGUCAGAGCAUUGCCUUGUUCAGCCUCAUCUGAGAAUGUGCACGUCGGGAAACUCAAAAUCUUCACCAGUCUGCAAAUGUCUGUGAAUGACCGUAAAAGUGCUCCGAGCAUUGAUUUUAGGAGUGCAAAUAAAUUGGUAAAGUCACAAAUUCGGAAUCACGAAUAAGGAUCAACUGUACCAUGUUCAUAAAGGAUAAAAUUACCACGUGACUGUCUAAAUAGAUGUAGAAAAUGCAUUUGAUAAAAUAUAGCAUCUUUUCAUGAUAAAAAAAAAACAAACAGAAUAAAAGGGCAUUUCCUCAACAUGAUAAAGGGUGUCUACAAAAAACCCACCCUAACAUCCUACUUCAUCACAGUCUGAAUGCUUAAUUCUUUCCUGCUAAGAUCAGGAGCAAGACAAGGAUGUUCACACUCACCACUUCUAUUCAACAUUGUACUUGAGGUUCUAGCAUGACAAUUAAGAGAAAGAAAAGGCAAGCGUACUGGAAAAAAGCAAGUAAAACUCUUCCUAGGUGACAGGUCUUGUUAUAUAGAAAAUCCUAAGGAAUUCAUUUAAAAACAAACAAGUUCAACAGGUUACAGGCUAGAUACAAGAUCAAUAUGCAAAAAUCAGUUUCGUUUAUAUGAACAUUCUGAAAUUGAGGUUUUUAAAAAUUGUAUUGACAGUAGCAUCAAGAUCAAUAAAACUACAAAACAUUUGAAAGAAAUCAAAGAAGACCUAAAUAAAUGGACAGACACCUUUGUUCAUAGGUUAGAAAACUUAACAUUAUUUAAGACGGCAGUGUUCCCCCAAAUUUGUCUACAGAUUCAAUGCAAUUCUCGUCAAAAUCAGAGCUGGCUUUUUCGCAGAAAUUAACAAGCUGAUAAAAUUUAUACAAAAAUGAAGAGACCCACAACAGCCAAGACAAUGUUGAAAAAGAACACAAAGUUGAAAGACUCAAACCAAUUUCAACACUUACUGCAAAGCUACAGUAAUCAGGAGAGUGUGGUACUGGCAUAAAGAUAGACAUAUAGAUCAAGGGAAUAUAAAAUAGAGUUCAGAAAUAAACCUAUACAUUUACGAUUAAUUUUUUUGACAAGGAUACCAACACUAUACAUUGGAGAGAGUAAUCUUUUCAACAGGUAGUCCUAGAACAACUGGAUAGUUAUGUGCUAAAAGGGCCCUACCUUAUACCACAUAUAAAUUUUAAUUCAAAAGGGAUCACACACCUAAAUAAAAGAGCUAAAACUAUAAAACUCUUACAAGAAAACAAAAGUAAAUCUUAUGACCUUGGGCUGAGCAAUGGUUUCUUAGAAGCAACACUAAGAGAACAAGCAAAAGAGGAAAAAAAAUAAUUGGACUUCUUCAAAAUUAGCUUUUGUGCUUGAGAGGAUACCAGCAAGAAAGCGAAAAGACAACCCGCAAAAUGGGAGAAAAUUUCCAAAAAUCAUACCUAGUAAGGGACUGGUAUCCAUAAUAGAUAAAGAACUCAUAACUGAGUAAUAAGAUGUAUAUAUGCUAAUGCUCAAUUAUAGUGACCGUAGAUCAGUAACCAAGGAACUGUCUGUCCACUGGACUUUCUGUUGUGACGGAAACAUUCUAUGUCUACACUCUGCAGAACGAUAGCCUCUAACGCCAUGUGGUAAGUGAGCAGCUGAAAUACAGCUAGUGUGAGGCACUGCACUUUUUAAUUUUGGUUUUAAGUACCACAUAUAGCUAGUGGCUUCCAUAGCUGACUGCAGCUGUAGAAAAUGGAGCUAGAAAGUGGGGUAAAGGGACUGCACCUUUCACUGUAUACCGUUCUGUAUAUUUGAAUUUUUUAACUAAGCAUGUAUUAUAUUUAUAGUUUUUAAAUAACUAAAAGGAUAGUACAGUUCUUGUCUUUUCUAUCAGCCAUGCUUUUAUUUUACUUGAAUCUCUUAGACCAAUUGCUUUGUAAUAUUAGCAUAAGAUUUCUAUACAUCUAUGGAAUUCAGGAAAAGGAAGCUUUCGAUACCAAUUAUGCGAUGAGGAAUUGAUUAGGAUAAUAAAGGCUCGCUCAAAUCCAAAGCUAAUAUUUGAUUCUGGGGGAGGGAGUAUUCUCUGGAAAGUAAAAAUUACAAAGUAGCAAUUUUACAUUAUGUGUUUUAUAAUAAAAAUCAAAUCUCAAUAUGUGAGAUCAUUUGAAUAUAAACCAUCGUGCAGAGGUGAAUAGGUCAAAUAAAUAGGGAGGCAGCAUACUUAGGAAAGUCUAGAAAAUACCGACUCAGAAAAGGUGCAUUUAGACCUCUCCUUUUUCCUCUUUUUCCAAUGUUUAUUACUUUUCAAGUCUCUGGCUGGCACAUGAAGUAACAACGAGGUGGUCUCUUCACUGAUCACAAUUUUUUGCCUCAUCAAACUCAAGAAACUCAAUCAGUUGGCCACAGGUUGGAUAAUUGAUGUAUUGAGAGAUUAGUGCAAGUUUAAAUCAGGAUGAAAUCUGAUUUUUUUUUUAUGCUUUUAAGGUAUGUUUUAACAAAAGGCCUGAUAAAUUUUGUUGUUUCCUGUUAUUUGAACUUUCUCUGGUAUUUACAUACUGUCAUUGCUUUUAACUGUCAACUGAUGCCAAAUACUCAGAAUUUACACAUUCCUUUUGUGCAUUUCAACCUGUUUAUCUAGUUUGACACUGUGUUAUCCAGACCUAACAAAAACACAUUUUUAAUACUCGCCCUUGAUUUAUAGGACAUUUCUCAUAAUGACAAAAUAUUAGCAAAGAAAAAUUACGCAGAACAUGAGAAUGUUUACAUAAAUGUAUGUAAAUUUUUUUUUCCAGUUUGACAGCAUUAAAAAUAUUUCAGCAUCCGA